UUGGAAGUUUGAAACUAAAAUCGGCCUUAUUUGCAAACGAAAAAUAAUUUAUUAAUAAAAAUUUUGUAUAUGUAUUCUUAGCAAUCUAAAAAUAAAGACUAAAAAAUAAACUAGGAUAAGAAAAACCUCAACAUUAAUCUAAAUUGAAGAUUGAAAAUUUAAAUUUUAGCUUAUGAGCAUAAGAAAAAUAUGAGGUUGUUCGUAGGAUUCUCUUAAUUAGGCCAUUUAGUGUGAUGAGGUAGCGAGUGGCUCAACUCUUCAUAUCGGGCAUCCACAAUAUGCAUGUAAAGUGGGUUGUAAGGAAUAAAAUACUAGUACUACCAAGUUGUAUAUAUUAUGGGAGUAGUACGUAACAAAUAUCAGGUGAUAUGCUGACUACCUAGUCAUAAGGAAUAAAUAAAUCAUUUGUCUUAUCUCUCUAUCAUGGCCAGUGGUUGUGGGGUCCAGUUUACUAUUCAUUUUUCUUCUUUCACCAUUAUAGCUACAACAAUAACUAAUACCCAUAAAUUAGGUAGUAAGGGUCUAUUUGGAUUGUUACCCUGCCAAUUUUUUGGUAGUACCAAAAUCUAGGCAAGUUUUAAUAUUACCAAAUAUUUGGUAAGGUAAGAUUGUUUUUGAUCAUAUUUGGUUUGCUACCAACAUAGAGUCAAAAUGUGAAAUUGUAGUAAAGAAUGUUCUAGAUAAUGCCAAAUCUAGAUUAGGUAUUACCAAUGAAUGGGCUUCAAUCCAAAUCAAACACAAGUACUAUUCAAAUUACCAAAAUAUUGAUAGGGCAUGUUUUUGGUAGCAAUCCAAAUUGGCCCUAAAUAUUGGUGAUGCCCUAGAAAGAAGAUUGUCCUAACUCCAUGUCAGCCCAUCAAAUAACCUUGUCAGACUCCUCGUGCCCUGCAGAGGACAAGAGUGCCCCAUGAAAAAAAAAGAAUGAUCUAGAGGAGUGGUUCAAAAGGAAAGAAAUAAUGGGGGUGGCACCUUACAAAACCAAAGGAGAAAGAUAGUAUUCCGAUGAGUUACGAGCAAGCUCAUCUCUAACUCACCAUGAGACGUUAAGCUCAUCGUUACCGCUCCAUCUACACCUUCAAGCUUUCCGUCAUCGCCAAAAUACGAACAACUGCAAGAUCUGAGCCGCACGAAGCCUAUGGAUCCACAACAAUUUUGUGUUUGCUACGUAGAGCUCCCUGAGUUCCUCUUUUCCAUCCCAUUCGGCGACAAGGAGGAGGUGAAGGUAGCAUAGCGUUCGAUGACUAGGAGGAGAGGCAACUCUUGGUGUUCAGCAUUGGGCAACAAGAAAGAGAGAGCCAUGGCAUUUGGUGAUUUGGGGGGGGAUUAUGGUAGGGAGCGAUGAGGUAAUGGAAUCUAAGUGCGUGGAGGAGAGAAAGGGGUUAGGAGGGAGGAGAGACACUGAUAAGUGGACCUGUGUGAAGUUAAUGAUAGAUAUGUAGUGCCAUUUCUUACCACAAGGUAUACAAUACAAAAAUCUUGUUAUUUUAAUAAUAUAAAAUUUAAUAAAGCCUUUCCUUCCAGUUCGGAAAACGAAGCAGCUCAUUAGCAUAUAAUUAAUUAAGUAUUAGCUAAAACUAACUUGAAAAAUGGAUUAAUGUGAGUUAGGAACCCAUACAAACAAACGCAGCCUAAGGAGACUGGAACACAACUACCCCAAAAGAUAGGCAUCUAUGUUAAAAUCUUUACAUAGCAUCAUAUUAUAUGGCGCGCACCCUGUUCUUGAGACCACUUGUAGGACUCUGGAGAUUUUCUUAACCAACUCUUAGAAAAAAAAUGACUGUUUACUUUUAUUUCUCUUUCGGUGAGGAAGAUGAUUUCUCGAUUGGUCACGGGACACACCGGCAGGCGGCAGCUGCCAGCAGAAGGGACCAUGCACGCAUUCGAAACUCAUAAGACUAUCUCCAACAAUAAUACCCUUAACAGGAGACCCAUUGGACGGUAUGCGUCGCUUGCGGCAAAAGGGUCACGCACCUAUUUCUUGCCUUCUCCAACAGCGAACGCAAAAGGAAACCAUGCAAUGCGGACAGUUUCCUUCGCGGGCCCGCAAUGAAAUUUUUACGCGGGAAACGGAGGGUGUCGUGCGAGAUAUACCGGGCGCGGGGCGCGGGACUACGGGGUUGGCUCGAUGGCGGGAUUGUUUUGCCGCCCUGGCUGCAUGUGAGAAGGGAGUCUCAGUAGCAGCGAGGUAGCCGCCGGCGAGCAACCGUUCGGACAAGGCCGAACGUUGGCGCAGCAGAGUCAAUCAGAACACAAGUAAUCUGAUUUCUAGCAUUUGCUUGUUCGAUGUCACAUUCCCUUUUAAUUUGUGGCUAAUUUGUCCCUAAAUCGGCUUGGCUUUAGACCUGCACUUCCGUUGUGGUGGCCAUGGCUUGGAGUUACGUCAAAAUGUCAAUGUUUGGGACAGCCGCAACAUACUCUGAGGACGAUGAGAUCAUGGCCGCAGUGGUCAUCCUCACCCAGACGCCACGAAAACGCCCUUGGGGAGGUUCAGUCCCUGGCCACAAGACUUAUAAGCGUGAUCGAAUUGCAGCAGACUGGCAAUUGAAUGAGGACUACUUCGUUGAACGUCCACUUUACAAUGAAGAACAUUUCAGGAGGAGGUUUCGCAUGAGACGGGAAUUGUUCCUUCGAAUAGUGGAUGAGGUCACAGCCAAGAACAGGUUCUUCACACAGAGGAGAAAUGCUGCUGGGCAAUUAGGAUUCUCUGCUCUUCACAAGUGCACGGUGGCUCUAAAGAUGCUAGCAUAUGGAGGACCGGCUAAUGAGUUGGAUGAUCAUUUGAAAAUGGGAGAAAGUACUGCCCUAAAGACCCUGAAGGAAUUUAUUAUGACUGUGAUCAAGGUGUUUGGCAAAGAAUUUCUUCGUCCUCCCAGGAGUGAGGAGAUAGAGCACAUAUUAAGCAUCAAUUUGGCCAGAGGUUUUCCGGGAAUGAUAGGUAGCAUUGAUUGCAUGCACUGGGAAUGGUCUAGCUGCCUGACUGGUUGGCAAGGCAUGUACAGAGGGCACAAAGGCAAGCCAACUCUAAUACUUGAGGCAGUGGCGACCGAGGAUCUUAGGAUUUGGCAUGCUUACUUUGGUUUACCAGGGUCUCACAAUGACAUUAACGUUUUGCAUCGUUCCAAUGUUUUUGAUGAUGUGCCUAACGGGAGGGCACCCUCUGUUGAGUUCCAUGUCAAUGACAAUAUCUAUUCCCUUGGAUACUACCUAGCAGAUGGCAUCUAUCCUGAUUGGGCUACACUAGUGAAAAGCAUUGCUUUGCCAGUUAGCAACAAACAAAAGGUAUUUUCAGAGCAACAGGAGUCGUGUAGAAAGGAUGUGGAGAGAGCUUUCGGUGUCCUGCAGGCUAAGUGGAAAAUCUUGCAUAGGCCAGCUCGUUUAUGGAGUCCAAAAGUACUUAAUUCCAUCAUGCGUGCUUGUGUCAUACUUCACAACAUGGUAGUUGAAGAUGAGCGUGGGGUUCAGCUACCUACUGUCCAUCCAUCAUAAUGGCCUGGAGUGUCCGACCCACCUAUUAACCAGGAUAGGGAAAUCCCGGCAAUUGAGAAACUUGUUGAUGCUCAAAACAUCAUUCAGGACAGAGAGACAACAGCAUUGCUUCAAAAUGACAUGAUGGAACACAUGUAGAUGCCAUAUGGCCAAUGCUCUGGUCCCUUUGCUCCAAAUCACAGGAACUAGUCUUUAGUUGUAGGCUUAGUUUUUUUGCUGCCUACUCAUAAGACCUUUGUAUUUUGUUGGCUGCUCACAUGAACUAUAGUGGCUGAAAGAUAUUUUGUUGCCUGUUGGUAAGAAAUA